CGAUUGCGCAAGUCCAGAACCAGAAUCCGCAUUGUACACGGAGGCCACAAGGGUCCCAUAUCCCCAAUGAUUUCUACACACUCUUCUGCUAUAUUCACGCGAUCAAUCCAAAGCCUGAUAUUUCAGUAGGACUCGGACCAGAGUUUCGAAUCUCAUAGAAUUUGCGGUCUGAAAAUUAUUUAUGUAGCGAGUUGUGAAUUGGGAAUUUGAGGGCCUUUACGAAUUUGGAUGUUCUUAGUAUUCCCGAGAGCAAACUGAAUUCAAGUGCUUUGGCCUUUGGGAUUCUUUUCCGUUACCUUUUCUUGACAGAUUGGGUAUUGUUGGUGCGAGGAACUGAACGUGUUAAAGAUGAUGCUGCAUUUUGGACAGCCGGCUAAGCUGAAGACUAAGAAGAUUGUGUUUGAGGAUGUAUAUGCUGCAUGUGAUUCUGCCACACUUGAGCAACUUAAGGAGUUAAGCUCAAGACGAAGAGCAAUUGAAGAGUCUAUUAAUGAGAGCAGCCAUAUUACAGAAGCUAUAGCAAGGGAAAUGUCUGGAGGGUUGGUAUCUCGUCUUGAACAGGAUCUUCACAGAGUAACACAGUAUCUCCCAUUAUUGGAAAAUCUAGUUUUACAUAAUGAACAAAUCAGCAAUUACAAAACGUAUCAAUGGGAUGCCUCUCUUAAGAUACGGUGGAGUAGUGCUCUAAGCCCAUCUUACUUCUUUAGGAGUACAGAGUUUUUCCAGAUUGACCAUUUGCAAUUCGAGCUUGGUAUGAUCCUUUUUCUCUAUGGUGCAAUCCUAAGGGAGAGGGCUUUAGAAGUUCUAUCAACAGAUUUGGUUCAAUCUGCCACCACAUUUAGAGAAGCUGCUGGCAUUUAUCAUCACCUGGCACUUAAUGUUCUUCCCUGCUUAAAGGCUGCUGGGGCAUCAGAAGUUCCACCAGAAGCUCGUACUUCUGUCUCCACUGCUAUGAGCCUCAUUUGUUUGGCUGAAGCACAGGCAGUAACAACAAGGAAGGCUGAAGGGAACGGUAAUUCUUCAAGUCUUUUAGCAAAGUUGCAUCAUGGCGUUACAGAGUUUCUUGCAGAAGCAAGUGGAGUUUUAGAGACUUCCGUCAGAGAUGGCAAAGACAUUGCACCAAACUUAAUGGAAUUUAUCCAAUGCUGCAAAGCCCUACAUACGUUGAGAGGUCAGAGAUACCAUGCAGAAAGUCUGAAGGCUUCUGGUCAAAUAGGGGCUGCGAUCGGGGUUCUUCAAUCUGAAUUGAGCAAGAUCAAAAAGAAAAUACGAGUUGAAGCAAAAUGGAAAUCUGUGAUUGAGGAGGAAAUUCUUGAUGCUUCUGAGAUCCUCCAAAAAUUUGUACGCGAGAACGAUUUUGUCUGGCAUGAGAAAAUCCCCUCAGAAAAUGAGUUACCACUGCCCCACGGUAACAAAAUUGUCAAUUUGAUACCUUAUAGUCCCAAAAGAUGGGAGAGACACCUUUCUUUUAAGGUGAUGAAGUAGAGGAAAGUUAUACAAGUUAUAGCUUUGUCUGUCUUUGCCAAACACGUCUCAUCAAUAAUAUGAUGUUUCGUACAAUGUUUUCUCAUAAA